UUGAUCCGACAAGGUUUGUGUGAUUUUGCUAAAAUGCAUCACCAACAGCGAAUGGCUGCCUUAGGGACGGACAAAGAACUGAGUGAUUUACUGGAUUUCAGUGCGAUGUUUUCACCUCCUGUGAGCAGUGGGAAAAAUGGACCAACUUCUUUGGCAAGUGGACAUUUUACUGGCUCAAAUGUAGAAGACAGAACUAGCUCAGGGUCCUGGGGGAAUGGAGGACAUCCUAGUCCAUCCAGGAACUAUGGAGAUGGGACUCACUAUGAUCACAUGGCAAGCAGGGACCUUGGGUCACAUGACAAUCUCUCUCCUCCUUUUGUCAAUUCCAGAAUACAAAGUAAAACUGAAAGGGGGUCAUAUUCAUCAUAUGGAAGAGACUCAAAUUUACAGGGUUGCCACCAGCAAAGUCUCCUUGGAGGUGACAUGGAUAUUGGCAACCCAGGAGCUCUCUCACCCACCAAACCUGGCUCUCAGUACUAUCAGUAUUCUAGCAAUAACCCCCGAAGGAGGCCUCUUCACAGUACUUCUAUGGAAGUACAAACAAAGAAAGUUCGAAAAGUUCCUCCGGGUUUACCAUCAUCAGUUUAUGCCCCGUCAGCAAGCACUGCUGACUACAAUAGGGAUUCACCAGGUUAUCCAUCCUCAAAACCAGCAGCCAGCACUUUUCCUAGCUCCUUCUUCAUGCAAGAUGGUCAUCACAGCAGUGACCCAUGGAGCUCCUCCAGUGGGAUGAAUCAGCCUGGUUAUGGAGGAAUGUUGGGCAAUUCUUCUCAUAUUCCACAGUCUAGCAGCUACUGCAGCCUGCAUCCACAUGACCGUUUGAGCUACCCAUCACACUCCUCAGCAGACAUCAAUUCCAGUCUUCCUCCGAUGUCCACUUUCCACCGUAGUGGUACAAAUCAUUACAAUGCUUCUUCCUGCACGCCACCUGCUAAUGGAACAGACAGUAUAAUGGCAAACAGAGGAAGUGGGGCAGCAGGCAGCUCACAGACUGGUGAUGCACUGGGGAAAGCACUUGCCUCUAUCUAUUCUCCAGAUCACACCAACAACAGCUUUUCAUCAAAUCCUUCAACUCCUGUUGGUUCUCCCCCUUCUCUCUCAGCAGGCACAGCUGUUUGGUCUAGAAAUGGAGGGCAAGCAUCAUCAUCUCCCAAUUAUGAAGGUCCCUUACACUCUUUGCAAAGCCGGAUUGAAGACCGUUUGGAAAGACUGGACGAUGCUAUUCAUGUUCUCCGGAACCACGCAGUGGGGCCUUCAACAGCCAUGCCUGGUAGUCAUAGCGACAUGCAUGGAUUAAUAGGGCCUUCUCACAAUGGAGCAAUGGGAGGUCUUGGGUCAGGAUAUGGGACAGGCCUUCUUUCAGCCAAUAGACAUUCACUAAUGGUUGGAGCUCAUCGUGAAGAUGGUGUCGGUCUGCGUGGCAGCCAUUCGCUUGUGCCAAAUCAGGUUCCAGUUCCACAGCUACCAGUUCAGUCUGCUACUUCCCCUGAUUUAAAUCCACCCCAAGAUCCUUACAGGGGUAUGCCAACUGGACUGCAAGGGCAGAGUGUAUCUUCAGGCAGCUCUGAAAUCAAAUCUGACGACGAAGGAGACGAAAACCUUCAGGACACAAAAUCUUCUGAGGACAAGAAACUAGACGAUGACAAGAAGGAUAUCAAAUCAAUUACUAGGUCAAGAUCUAGCAAUAACGAUGAUGAAGACCUUACACCAGAGCAGAAGGCAGAGCGAGAGAAGGAAAGGAGAAUGGCCAACAAUGCUCGUGAGCGCCUACGCGUGCGUGACAUCAAUGAGGCUUUCAAGGAGUUGGGCCGGAUGGUACAACUCCAUCUGAAGAGUGACAAGCCCCAAACCAAACUCCUGAUUCUACACCAGGCUGUGGCUGUCAUCCUCAGCUUAGAACAGCAAGUCAGAGAAAGGAAUCUGAAUCCUAAAGCAGCAUGUCUGAAAAGAAGGGAAGAAGAGAAAGUGUCUUCAGAUCCCCCUCCACUUUCCUUGGCAGGACCCCAUCCUGGGAUGGGAGAUGCAUCCAAUCAUAUGGGACAGAUGUAAAAAGGUCCAAGUUGCCACAUUUCUUCAUUUAAACAAGAGACCACUUCCUUAACAGCUGUAUUAUCUUAAUCCCACAUAAACACUUCUCCUUAACCCCUUUUUUGUAAUAUAAGACAAGUCUGAGUAGUUAAGAAUCACAGACGCAAGAGAUAUCAGCAUUCCCGAUUAUUAAACAAAAGCAAAAAGUGCAACUUGAGGGACGACUCUCUUUAACAUAUCAUUCAGAAUGUUUAAAGCAGUAUGUUACGAGCUGUAAAUGCACAGCCUAGAGACUGAAUGGCAAUCUUCUCCACACUGUGGGACAAUGCAUUUGUGCCUAAACUUCUUUUGGAAAAAAAAAUAUAAUUAAUUUGUAAGUCUGAAAAAAAAUAUUUAAUUUAAAAUUGUAAACUUGCAAUAAUGAAAAAGUGUACUUCUGAAGAAAAAAAUGAACGUUUCUGUUGGUGUGCUAGACAGCUAGUGUUUAUACUUACUGGAUAGUAAAAGGGAAGCUUUGCUGCCCAGAUAUUUACAAAACCAGCAAACGUCCUAAUGAAAACUGAAGUGAUGACAUUAGCCAUUCCUUAGGGUAGGAGGAACAGAUGGAUCUUAUAGACCUAUGACAAAUAUAUAUAUAUAAAUAUAUAUAUAAAUAUAUAUUAAAAAUUUAGUGAAUAUGGUAAGCUUUUGUUCAUUUGUUUCAGACUUUUUUGCUCCUGUAAAAAAAUAGUACUGAUUAACUUUUUUAAAAAGAAGAUUUUACUGUAAAUAAGGAUUUUUUGGUCUUAUUUCUGUCCCGCUCCCCUGUUUUUGUUAUUGUAACCUGUAGUGCCAACUCUGUCUCUGGAGGGGUAGUGCAGGCUGAAACGCUGACCCUGACGUUGCUUCUCAUUCAUAAGUAGGUAGAGAGUUGUUUCUCCAGUCUUUUAGGAACACAGGACUUUAAAGUCUCACCAUGUGUAGAUAUUACAGGCUGCAUUACUGAGACGUGGCAAAAUGAGUUUGUCUGAAUCGUAAUGUUGCUCUUGUUGACCCUGUUCUGGGAUUUUCAGAGGUACAAGGUUAGAAUGCUACAAUGUUACCACUGUGCCUUCCAAUGUUUAUAUCAUCAGAAACAUUACAUAAUCAAAGUGGCUGUGAUUUAACAAACCAAUUAAAGUGUUACCUAUGUGUGUAGCCUAAAUAGUGUGCAGUGAGGCGUUUCUGAAUACACGGUCAGAUUUUUUGGGGGGUGGGGAAAAAAACAUCAAUUGGGAAAAUUGCAAGCAGUGUGACCAAUUUGAUUGACUUCCUUUUUUCAUUCUUUUCUUGUUUUCAAGUGGAUUACUUAAAUGUAGACCACUUGCUGCCUCCUCCUUCAUUUGCAAAAUGCCAAUAUUCAGUCAUCAUGCAACAUUAUAACAAGCCUUAUGAGUCCUAAAGCAUUAAGUUGCACUUUCUUGAGGAGGAGGUAGGUGGGUGGUACAGUAUUUCUCUGGCCAGUAUGAAUGAAGUUUUUACUUAACAUAUUUAAUAGUAACAUAGAUCAAACUAUGGCACAGCAACUCAUCAGACAACUAGCUUUGAAGUCUGGGCACAACUGAACCAACUUCCAUAGUGGAUCUUAUAAUGAUUGACUUUGUGUACAGUACAAUUAACAGAUAGUGCUCCUAGUUAAGUAUUUGUCAGCAUCCUUUUGUCUCUAAUUCUAGUUUCUAUUUUUACAGCCACACAAACCUGGCAUGUAUUUUAAAUAAAAUCUCCCCGUUCAAGUAGAUUUUCCACCUAUCAGCACUGAGUAAAUGCCAUAAAUCCAUCAAAACGGUCUAAAUGUUCCAUCUGUUCUCCUGUUUUGCCAGUUAUAUAGUAAUGAAAAAUACAUUUGUAAAUUUUAUGCAACAAAUGGCAAGCGUAUCAUUAUUUUGAAAUCGUGUAUGUAAAAGUUAUAUUUUUACAUGUAGACUCUUGUUAUUAUGUGUUUUAAUACAUUGUAUCAGUUUUUUGUUUAAAAACAAUCUGUGUGGUUGAAAAAAGUCUCAUUUAAAUGAAAUAGUGAGAUACAAGAAUCUGAAUUUUAUGUUUGUUUCUGAAAACGUAAAGAACAAAUAUGAUAGUUAACAUGUGAUCACCUACAUACCCCUAAACAUUUUGAUUAGCUGCGUGCGUGUUGAAACCUGUAAAUAUGUUCAGUAGUGGGAAAAUUUAAAAUGCUUUGAUUUGUUGAUAAGUUUCUCAAAUGUGGAGGUGGAUUACGCCAUUAGGUAUACACAAUAGAGCAGCAGGCACAAGGUUUAAUUCAGAAUUACAAAUGAAUAUUAUUUUUAAAAUGCUGGACUUUUAACAGGCCUGGUUUAUAUGAAAAUGGCUGUGAUAAAGAUUAAUCUCACUCAUUGUUAAUGAUAACUAUGCUUUUGAGUGCUGGAAUAAAUUGCCUCGGGAGGUUGUAGAAUCUCCAUCUCUGGAGAUAUUUAAGAGUAGGUUAGAUAAAUGUCUAUCAGUAUUUGAUCCUGCCAUGAGGCAGGGGACUGGACUCGAUGACCUCUCGAGGUCCCUUCCAGUCCUAGAAUCUAUGAAUCUAUCCUUAAGGUUUCUCUUUAUCAGUAUCAUAUGCAUUGACACUGUCUAUGAUAUGAAGAGUGAAACAACAAUGAACAAACCAUAUAUUUUUGCAGGCAAAUUAUAACCCAGCAGAUCAUAUUCACUUUUAUCUAUACAUGUACACAUCAGGUUUAGGGAAUGAAAAUAGCCCUUUGACUAUUGGAGAAUUUUAAGAGCGUGGUUUCUGAUAACUAUUAUCAGAAAAUGCAUUAUAAAACCAAAUUAAUGUUAACUCUUAAAAAAUCUGAACAAAAAUAAAUGUUUGCCUUUAUUGACAUUUUUAAUAAAACUUGGAGUGAGGGUUUUCUUUGUAUUUUUUGUCUUUACAUUUGUCUCUCACUCAAAUUGAGUAGAAGUUUCAGUUUUUAGCCACCAGUUUUGGUGAACUGUAUCACUCAAUAAGGUGGUGAUUUUAUAGCAAACUUCCCUUUUAGAAAUAAAAUAGCCUUCAUCCACACUAGGUUUAACUGUGCGGAUGCCUCGAUACCACUCAGAUUCUGGAUAGUCUGAGACUAAAAAGAAAAAAAAAUGAACAAGCAAGUGUGUAGUGUUUGAAUUUUUUUUUCUUUUCAUUAUUUCCCAUCCCAAGGGAGGAAUUAUUGUCCCACGCUGGAUUUGUCACAGGUUUUUAGCUGAUGACACUAAGAUUGUAGAAGGCUGUGUAUUAUAUGGUAAUAAACCUGGCUUAGAAACACUGACUAAAAUAGCAGCUUUUUAAUAAAUGAUCCACCUCCACAUUCAAGUAAUUUAUGACUAUGCUGAAUAGGGAAUCUGUUCAUCUAGAACUUUUUAACCAUUUGUCUUCUGUGUAGCUGCAAGGAACACUAACGUUUAUACAACUGUCAGUCCUACCAGUGAUGCAACUUGUACUGAUUCAGUCUUCCGAUUUUUGGGGGGGUGGGAGAGGAUGGGGAGUCAGGGAGAGGAAAGUUUCAUCUUUGUAUCCACCAGGCAGAAUCUGAUCUGUGUCAAGAAGUGAACUAUACAGUAUAUUGCCAGGAAUGAAGAGAUUUUGGCGGAAACAAGCACAAAAAAUAAAAAUUAGUCCACUGGUUGACUGGGGGUGGGGGGGGUGGAAUAUGAUUAAUUCCAACACAUGGGGCACCAUGGCCUUUUGGGGCCUAUCUUUUUGUUUUGUUUAUGUUUUGUUUGUUUUUUAAAGACAUGUUCUUUCUCAUGGGACUUGAAGUUGAUUCAUAUUUGUGCAGUGCUGGUUUGACCAUACUCAUUUCAAGUAUUAUAGACUUAUGUAAUGGUGAAAAUAUAUGAACUGUGGCCUUUUUCAUUCUUGUUACUUGUGAUGCAAUUAAGUGAAGAUAAGAAAAAAAAAACAGCAGAGAUUUACCAUGUAUCAGUGCCUGGCUUUUUGUUAUAAAGCUUCGUUUGUCUAGUGCUCUUUUUGCUAUAAAAUAGACUGUAGUACACCCUAGUAGGAAAAAAAAACCCUAAAUUUAAAAAUAAAAAUAUAUUUGGCUUAUUUUUCACAGGAGCAAUCCUUUUAUACCAUGAAUAUUAUGGGAAAAAAUUGUCAGAUUCUGAAUAUUUCUUCUUUGUAGAUUUUUGGAAUCAUUCUGAGUAAAAGUUUGUUACUUUAUUUUACUAUUUAAAAGAUGUUAUUUUACCAUGUGUUACUGAGAUGAAACUGUAUGGUAGCUUUUUUUUUUUUAGUUGUAGGUCGCAACAGGGGGAAUUUUGCGACUGUUCACAUAGCUACAGCAGUAAAAACAAAACAACAAAAAAAAUGGGAAAAAAUGAAAAAAAGGGAAAAAGAUUUUUAAAAAAAGAUAAACAGUUACACCUUGUUUUCAAUGUGUGGCUGAGUGCCUCGAUUUUUUCAUGUUUUUGGUGUAUUUCUUAUUUGUAGAAGUGUCCAAACAGGUUGUGUGCUGGAGUUCCUUCAAGAACAUAAAAAAACAAAACAAAAAAAAAACAAAAAAAAAUACACAGCUUGGUGUAGGCCAUUACCUGUUUCUCAUCUGUAGUUAUUCGAUGCCGUCAUGUACAUGACCGUUCUGUAGCAAUAAAUGUGCCAUUUUUAUAAACUG